GGCGGGGCCUGCGGUUGCCAAGCGCUCGGUCACUCGUGUGGGAAGUGCUGAUAUUUGAAGGCGUCACAGCGGCGUCACGCACGGAUUCUGAUCGGUGACGAGUUCGCGGUAACGAUAACGGCGGAACGACGCGCUCAACAGCACUUUAACGGCGUUAAGCCGAGCGCUAGUCCUCCGGUGGAGAAGUGUUGAGCUCAGCAGCUAGCCAACACUAGCCCGUUAGCGAGCGUCACGUCACGUCAACAAGCCCCCGAGUCAACGCGUCACGGAUAUCAGCAGUUCCGAUCGGGCUGAUCGAUCAGUUAUUGAUCAUGGAGAAGAAGAGGACGGACUGCCCCGCGCUUCCUCCCGGCUGGAAGAAGGAAGAAGUCAUCCGGAAGUCAGGGCUGAGCGCUGGAAAGAGUGAUGUGUAUUAUUACAGUCCCAAAGGGAAGAAGUUUCGCAGUAAGCCUCAGUUAUCUCGAUAUCUGGGUAACACAGUGGAUCUGGGAUGCUUCGACUUCCGCACGGGGAAGAUGAUGCCCAGCAAGAUGCAGAAGAGCAAACAGAGACUGCGCAACGACAAUCUGAGCCUGAGUAAAGGUAAGCCGGAUCUGAACACAGCACUGCCCAUCAGACAAACAGCCUCCAUCUUCAAGCAGCCGGUCACAAAAGUGGUCAACCAUCCAAACAACAAGGUCAAAUCUGACCUGCAGAGGGCUACAGAGCAGCCACGACAGCUGUUCUGGGAGAAGCGUCUGAAGGGUUUGCGCUCGUGGGAUGUUUCUGAAGAAGUGCUGAGAACAAUGGAUCUGCCUACAGGUCUCCAGAGUAUCGGUCCGGACUCGUCAGAUGAGACUCUUCUGUCUGCGAUUGCUAGCGCUCUCCACAUGAGCUCGGCACCGAUCACCGGUCAGACGUCCAGCGCUGCAGAGAAAAACCCCUCAAUCUGGCUCAACACCACACAACCACUCUGCAGAGCGUUCAGUGUUACUGACGAGCACAUACGGGAGCAGGAGUUGAAGGUCCAACAGGCACGCCGCAGUCUGGAGGAGGCUCUGAUGGUGGAUGGUCUGGCCCGCGUUGCAGAAUCCACAGUGUAGAGAGAUCCGACAGGUGGGGUCACAUGAUCAUCCAGGAUAUGAUGUCAUCAGUCUGCAUCAUCAGCAGCUGAAUCGAGCACAGGUUCAUCACUCAUCACAGAUAUCGCUUCAAUAAAGGCCUUUUCUAGAGCUUCUAUUUUGAUGUACAUAUCCAUAUAUGUAUAUAUAUAUAUGAUUGAGAAUUGAGGACGCUUCUCUUGUGUGGGCCGGACAGACAGACGGAAACAAACACAGCAAUAAUCCUCCAAUCAGGUUCUGCCGCUGGAUGUCUUUAUUUUCAGGUCUGAUGCGACGCUCGCUCAGAUUCUCUCUCUUCAGGGCUCGUGGCGAAUGAUUAAUGCUUUUACAAACGUAUGAAUGGGGAAAUACCUGCUUAUUUAAGAAAAUAAAUUUUAUACCUUGAGAUGAAAUUGUGUAAAUUUCUUGCAUCAUUUCUAGAGUAAAUAAAUGAUUAUAUUCUCA